UCCAAAACAAAAUGGGGUUCUGCACCCAUUCCAUCUCCAACAGGAUGCAGGAGGCGCAAACUAAAAUUGAACCCUCCACCCCACCAAAUAUCUCUCCAUUCCAGGGAUCGUCUGCCAGUAUGAAGAUGUUUUAUCGCGACUGUCCGUACGGUCUUGACCCUACCAACAACGGAUGUGACCACCUUUUUCUAAACAACUCCGCCAUAAAGGGACUCUCCUUAUUCCUAUCCACAGUCGGGGGCCUGGAUCGUCUGCAAAUAGAAAAUGGCGGGAAAAUAUGCACGUGCGAGGGAAACUUAUGUAACAGAGUACCUCCCACCAGUCCAACAGAAACGAGCGGUGGCUCCUCUUUGAAAAUCCAACUCAUUGUCUUUUUGUUGAUGCUUUUGUAUUAAGUACCAGUACUACGAGAAAGAGAUGUUGCCUUUUAAAGAAAAUUAAAACAUUCUGGAAGACACUUUUCCAUGCGGUAGGUCUACUUUUUGAAAUCUUCCGAAGAAGGUCUAUUGUUUUAUGUACUUUACUGUUGGUUGUACAUUUACCUUUUAAGAUUGAAAUGGGUUCUGUAUGCAAGAUCUGACGUUCAGGUUUGCCAGCACGUUUGUAUGUAAUAUAAUUCAUUAUGUUCAAAUUAAAUGUAAACAUGCUGAAAAUAAUGAACACUUGAAACACAUCUGAUAUACACAUAGAAAAAAAAAUGGUAUUAAAAGAAUUUGAUACGUUUUGUUAGU